AUGGCGACCCCAUCAGCCAAACCUGGCGCCACGCCAACUCAUCUCACUUCCUCCCCGCACCCGUCAUCUGCGCCUCUAUCCCGGUCCAUUGCUCAUAAAUCCCCCUCUACAAGAACCCCGACAGCCUCAGGCCAAGGCCAUACACACCAAAUAAGUGUUUCAUCAUCUCAACAGUACGCCACACCUCUUGCCGUCUCAAACGCAGUCGAUGAAUCCGUCAAUUUCACCUCUCCCUCCGCGUUACUUGCGCUUGGCGGUUACACUGGAAUCAGCCCAUCACCAGCGGUUCACGACGCUCUUGUUGGCCACGGAUUGCACGAUAACGAUAUUCAGAAUUUAGGAAUGCAGGGACUCAAGCUUGGGGUGGGUCGUGAUAACGACGAAGAGCAAAGACACCGGAUUGAGGAAGUGGUGCUAUGUCUUCAUGCGCGCGUUGCAGGGCGAGGUGUGUCUCGGGAAGGAGUUGAACGAUUGAGCCGGCUGGAGGGAUUUGAAUCGAUCUGGCAAGACAACGAUAUCAACAUUGCCGGUAACUUUGUCGAUCUGGAAAUCGAGUUUCAUGCUGGCCAUGAUGUCGUCAAGGAUGUUAGCUUGCGAUACGCUACGCCAGAGUUCACCGAGGGCGAGCGACGAGAAGAAGCGACUGCUGUCUUGAAACGAAAUCUUGUGCAGUCACCCCAAGACAGCGAGACGGGAAAUUGGAAAUCACUCCAGGGUUUCUAUGAGAACUUGCAGUGGCUCGCGAAACUGGAUAAGCUCAGCCAGGAAGUAAAUUGUUUUGAGGCGCUGGAGGGUCUUGAGGAGAACCUCAAGCGGAUAUGGGUGGAAGAAGCGAAGAACAGCAAAUAUGGCGGAGAUUACGAACAUCUCUGCUCUGGGGUCAUCGGUCGUCCAAGCAUGCACAAAGGAUCCCGAAUUGGGCUUGGCCUAGAGUUUUGGGUCGACCAGGCUCAGAUUUUGGAUGUCAAGGCAAAAGGAUCGCCCGAUGCAAUGGUGAUUGAUGGUGAAGCCAUUGAGAUGGAAGACCAAGAACGGAUAUGGACUGUCAUGAUCGAGUGCGAAGAGGGCUAUCCGUCCCUUCGUAUCUCCAAAGAGUGGGUCGGGGCAGACGUCUUCGCAUCUGAAGAUAAGUCGGAGUCGUCACCACCAUCUGAAACUGUGCGGUCCAUUGAAUGGCUUGAUCCUCCACAAACUAUGCGCUUGCAUGGAAACCAUCCCGAUCCAAUGGCUCUUGACUCCAGUAUGCUGGAAUCGUCCCCACCAAAUCGUCGCUUUGUUGCCAAGCUGGAGCCUGCUCUGGAUAUUCCCAUCCUCGCGGCGUCCGAAAUCUACCGUCAUCUUGGAAUGCAGUUACCACAUGAGUUCAAGAUGUUUACAUAUGAUGGUUUGCUAGUUUCAGACUCGACAACGGGCGAUGCAUCGCCACAACCUAGCCGCAGAAAGCGCAGAAUGUCUGUCUAUUCCGUCGACUCAACUGGCGCAACUCAGGUCAAGCAACAUAACUACACCUUCCAGGCAUUCGAAUCCGUUGCAGGCCGCAAGAUUCGUGAGCUUCCAUUUUCUCAUCCUCGGCAACUCGCCGACAUCCUUCCUGUGUUUCGUCAAUACGCUUUGCUUGCAAGCUUGAUUCGCAAAGUCUUCAAGGUUCCUGCCAAGGAAAAGAAUGACAUAACAGCAUCUGUGAAGAUGACACCAACAAAGUCAUCUUCUGGUCUAUCUUCUGGCCCAGAUUCAAGUCUCUUCAAUGGUUCGGAAAGCACCAUUACCCUCAGCAAUGAUGACCCCAACGAAGAGAAGCUCAACAUGCUGCUCAAUAAUGGGUUCCCAACUGCUGAUAACAGCGGGGGUUUCUCGUGGUCCAACAAUCAGGAUGAUCGACUAUUCAUGAACGAUGUCAAGGUGGACGUGACAUUACGCACACAACUUGGACAGGCCCCAGCUCUAAUGUUGCUUAUCACAAAUCCCGGCAAAAACAUCGGUAGCAUCGAGAAAUUUGUGCGCCAGUCAGUACAAAUCUCACUCUGUUUCGAGAUUGGCCUUAAUGGUCGCAUCUCCGUGGUCGACAGCUCGGGUCUCAAUGCAACCAAUGGUGAUCCUGGGGACACCGAGAUGCAAGGUGCGGAUGACAAGCCAAGCCUGCAUGAUAUCCACAAAAAGAUCGCCAGGGUCUUGGAGACCGCGCAGGACCUGGGUAUCCUGGUGGAAUGGGUCCUGCGGGAGCGGCUCGGCAGCGGUUAA